CUGAUUUUCUUAAGCGGCACGGGUGUGAGAUCCUCGGACCCCGUGCAGUCAUGGAGGCGGGGCCGCUCUUGCACUUCUGCAACUGGAGCACACUAGUAGUGUGCAUGGUCAUCAAAUUCCCACAGAUCUUCGCCCUGCUCUCCGCCAAGAGUUCGCGGGGGGUCAGCCUGAAAAGUUUGCUUCUGGAGCUGGCUGGAUUCCUUGUGUUUCUACGGUACCAGAGUUAUUAUAGCUACCCUCUGCUGACCUACCUGGAGUACCCAAUUCUCAUUGCACAAGAUGUCAUCCUCUUACUAUGUGUUUUUCAUUACAAUGGAAAUAUAAAGCAGGCCAUCCCAUAUAUUGCCGUAUUUCUGGGUGGAUGGUACCUCUUGACUCUUCAGAAGUGGAUAAUAGAUUUGGCAAUGAAUUUGUGCACCUUUAUUAGUGCUGCCAGCAAGUUUGCCCAGCUCCAGUACCUGUGGGAGGCAAAGGAUUCUGGAGCAGUGAGUGCCCUGACCUGGAGCAUGUCUGCCUACACUUGUGCAACAAGAGUAAUAACAACUUUAAUGACCACUCAGGAUCUUAUGGUUCUUGUCCGUUUCCUGAUCAUGCUGGCUCUAAAUAUAUGGGUAACAGCUACAAUACUUCGCUACAGGAAGACAACUACAAAAGAUGAGUAACUGAGCAUCCUCACAGAGCAAAUUACUCAAACUGGAACAAAAGAGAAUUAACUUAUUUUCUCCAGCAUAAGACUGAUGUAAAGUUGUUUGGAUUUUAAAAUCAGUAUGAUAAUGGAAGUGUGACAACUUUAUUAUCUAAACACAUUUUUCUACUUUUCAGUUUGAAGCUACAAAGCAUGUGCUGUUCUAUUUCCCCUGAGGGACAAGAGGUUGCACUGGAAUUGUAUCCCAGAGAUUUAAGAGCCAGAAGGGAGCUUAUUGGUCUAGUCCAGAUCUCUCAUUUUACUGAUAGAGAAACUGAGGCACAGAGAAGAAAGAGUUAUGAUUAAGGUAGUAGCUUAACUCCUUGGCUAGUAGAACUCUUUGGUUCUUCU